AUGACCCAUCACACCGCCCCAUCACACAGGCCCAUCACACCACCCCAUCACACCGCCCCAUCACACCGCCCCAUCACACUGGCCCAUCACACCGCCCCAUCACACCGCCCAUCACACCUGCCCAUCACACUGCCACAUCAAACCGCCCCAUCACACCGCCCCAUCACACUGGCCCAUCACACUGCCCCAUCACACCGGCCCAUCACACCGCCCCAUCACACCUGCCUAUCACACUGGCCCAUCACACUGCCCCAUCAAACCGCCCCAUCACACCGACCUAUCACACUGGCCCAUCACACCGCCCCAUCACACCGCCCCAUCACACCUGCCAUCACACCACCCCAUCACACCGCCCCAUCACACCGCCCCAUCACACCGCUCCAUCACACCGGCCCAUCACACCUGCCCAUCGCACCGCCCCAUCACACCGCCCCAUCACACCGCUCCAUCACACCGGCCACUCACACCGCCCAUCACACCCGCCCAUCACACCGCCUCAUCACACCGCCUCAUCACACCGCCCCAUCACACCCGCCCAUCACACCACUCAUCAUACCAGCUCAUCACAAUGGCCCAUCACACCGCCCUAUCACACCUUCCCCUCACACCACCCCAUCACACCGGCCCAUCACACCGUCUCAUCACACCGGCGUAGCACAAUGGCCCAUCACACCGGCCAUCACAAUGGUCCAUCACACCGGCCCAUUAAAAUUUCACCCCGCCUGA